AUGUAUUUGUUGGCUACUGAGUCUCUGAGUUUCCUCUGUGUGUUAAUAUGUGCUUGUUGGUCCAAAAAGCCACCAAAUGUUUCAACUCCAAACAUUAUCAUCAUGCUUAUGGAUGACAUGGGUUGGGGGGACUUGGGUGUGUUUGGCCAGCCCUCCAGAGAGACCCCCAACCUCGAUGCCAUGGCUGCCCAGGGCAUGCUGUUUCCCAACUUCUACACAGCCAACCCUCUUUGCUCUCCAUCAAGAGCAGCACUUCUCACAGGAAGGCUCCCUGUCAGAAAUGGAUUCUACACCACCAACGGCCAUGCCAGAAAUGCAUACACUCCUCAGGAGAUAGUGGGAGGGAUCUCGAAGGACGAGAUUCUACUACCAGAGAUGCUGAAAAAAAAAGGCUAUGUCACCAAGAUAGUUGGCAAGUGGCAUCUUGGCCACAGGCCACAUCACCUUCCUCUGGAACAUGGCUUUGACGAAUGGUUUGGUGCACCAAACUGCCACUUUGGCCCCUACAACAGUAGCUACAGGCCUAAUAUCCCCGUCUACAACAACUCUGAGAUGGUGGGCAGAUAUUAUGAGGACUUCAAGAUCGCCAAGAGCACUGGCGAGUCAAACCUCACGCAGAUCUUCUUGCAGGAGGGUUUGGACUUCAUCGUCCGCCAGACUCACGCCCACCGUCCCUUCUUCCUGUACUGGGCGGCUGAUGCCACCCACUCUCCUGUCUAUGCCUCCAAACGCUUCCUGGGAAAGAGCUCCCGAGGCAGGUAUGGCGAUGCAGUGAUGGAGCUGGAUGACAGUAUUGGUCAGAUCCUUUCGUGGCUGCGGACUCUCGGCAUCGAUCAAAACACCUUUGUCUUCUUCACUUCAGACAAUGGAGCUGCUGUCAUGUCUGGCCCAUAUGAGAGUGGCAGCAAUGGGCUGUUCCUCUGUGGGAAAGAGACUACCUUUGAAGGGGGCAUGAGGGAGCCCGCCAUUGCCUGGUGGCCUGGACACAUCCCAGAGGGCAUGGUGAGUUUCCAGUUAGCCGGAGUGAUGGACCUGUUCAGCACCAGUUUGGCACUGGCUGGUCUCAGUCCUCCAGAGGACAGAGUCCUGGAUGGAGUGGACCUGACGCCUGUCCUGCUCAACCACCCAGGCAGACUGAACAACACACUCACCGACAGGCCCAUCUUUUAUUACCGUGGAAACGAGCUGAUGGCUGUGAGACUUGGACCCUACAAGGCACACUAUUGGACUUGGAGCAACUCAUGGAAGGAGUUUGAACAGGGUAUCAACUUUUGUCCGGGCCAAGAGGUUCCAGGCGUGACCACUCACACCCAGGAAGAACACACAAUGCAACCAAUCAUUUUCCACCUGGGGCGGGACCCUGGGGAGCGAUAUCCUAUCAGUGUCUUGGCUAAGGAGUACCAGGAUGUGCUCAGCAGGAUCUCGCCGGUCGUGGAGCAGCAUAAGAAGGCCUUGGUGCCCGGCGUUCCCCAGCUCAACGUGUGUGACUUGUCUGUGAUGAAUUGGGCCCCUGCAGGCUGCGAGAAGCUGGGAAAGUGUCUGAAAGCACCCAAGUCUGAGCCCUGGAAGUGUGACUGGCCUCACUAGGCGUCCAUCCCCGGACCAAAAGAGGAGCGAUCUGCUGACGUGCCUUGGACAUCGUCGACAGCCAACCCCGUUCUGUUCGUGUACAUGAGGUGGACUGAUGCGUGGCACCGAAGGAUGUUACAUGACAUACGAAUAUUCCCCGUUUUCAGUUCACUCACUCAUUUUUAUUUUUUUUUGGCCAUAGUGGUGGGGUAUAGUGGCUAUAUGGCUAUUCAUGGUAUUUUGAGAAAAUUAUGAAAAUAAUAAUGUUCAUUCCUGAGACACUCCUUAGAGAUGUUCCUUUCCCACAGGCAUUUAAUUCAGCCAGCCUCACUGUAAGCUUGAAUGAUUAUUGUGGUCUUUUGAUAUAUGUUUUAAUUGUACAGCAAACAAAUUUUACAUGUUACUAAA